AUGGCAAUUGUUGCUAGUUUAAAUUGGAAAUAUUGUACGAGGUCAGGAAAGAGUUAUGUGAAGCAGAGACCGGAAUGGUUGAGGCACUCCUCUCUAUGUCUGCAUCCAGUCAGUACACUCAGAAACCAGGAAUACAUCACUGAAUUUUUGUGUGCAAUGAUGAUGGUCGAAGAAGGUUGUGUUCACGAUCCAAUGCUGUCGGAAAAUCUACAGUCACAUCAGAACUGUAUAUGUUGUGAUAAAGAAAUAUGUGACUUCACAUUCUCAUUGCAAGAAUCAGAUGAAGACAAAAGAAACGUUGAUAUUCAAGAGGAUAGUACUUUGUGUGCUUCCUAUGAUCAUAAUUUAGGUACUUAUUAUGGGGAAUGGCACGAAUUCUUUAAAGUACUUCAGUCUUCUGAUGGCAUUCAGAAUAAUUAUUUAAGCGCAUUGUCAAAAAAUACAUUGAAGGAAAUUUUUAUCAAACGAACAAAUGCUCAUCUUUGGGAUUCCUCCAGUGGUCCACGUAAGCCAUACCAGCGAUUCCGGAAUAAACGUUUUGUCUGUGAUGAAUGUAGUCAUUCUUUUACUCUGAAACAGAAUGUCCAAUAUCACAUUCUUACUUAUCAUUUGGGUAAUCAGACUAUUAGAUCGAAUCAUGGCAGACGCUUUAUUUGCCUCAACUGUCAAAAGAUGUUUCGGGAUGAACAAGCUGCGGAGCAACAUCACCGUCGUCAACAUGAGCAGGAACCAAAAACACCGAUUCAUCGCUGUACCACGUGUGCGCGUAUUUUUUCCUCGAAAACUCAGUUAAAGGAACAUAUUACCAUACAACAUUUGUUAAAAUGCGGGGCACGUUUCGGACGACAAGGAGGUCUUAGACGCCAUUUUGUUAUGGUGCACACAAAUCGUCGAUACUACUGUACAUACGCUGAUUGUACGCAUGCUGGCUUCAAGUGUUCGAAGGCCUUGGCUGCACAUAUUCGUUCAGUACAUACCAAAGACAGACCCUUUGCGUGUUAUCAGUGCGGAAAGCGUUUUGUUCGACGCAAUGAUCAACGUGUUCACGAACGGCUGCAUAGUACCAAGAGGGAAAACAGUUGCAAAAAGUGUGGACAGCAUUUUCGUGGUCUAGUUAGUCGCCAAGCACACGAAAGAACAUGUAAAGUGAUUAAUAAUGUUGGUGCUGAUGCAGUUUCUUCUGAGAAAUGUGAUACACCUUCAUUGAAUUCAACUGAACUUUUAGAAUCUUUAUUCUGA